UGAUUUGGACCUUCUUCCCAGGGUUCUUUGGCACUGCUUUCCCAGUCUCCUCUGCGCGGCUCUAUCUAAACUAGGUUCCCUUUGUACAUAGCGUAGACCGAGCUCCCUGCGUGCACCGCGCGCUGCCAGAAGCGCGAAGCAGAAGUAAGGAAAGGGGAAUUGAGGAGAGGAGAUUAAGUCGGUUCAAGAGUACAUGUCCAAGCUGGCCACCGCUUGGUAACAAGGUACAACUGACUGGUUUCCUAAAGCUGUCUCUCAGGAGGAUGUCUGAAGUACUGUGUCCCAGGACAAUACACCCGAAGGAAGAAGAAUUUCUCCCUCAGCUUCUGCAUCUUAUUGGUAAAAGAAGUCCCCCAGAAUCAGCAUGUCCGUGACUGAGGAGGCGAUUCUCGGAGGCCGUGGCAGCCAUCCUUCUGCUGGUGGCAGUUCUGUGUUAUGCUUUGGACAGUGUCAGUACACAGCCGAAGAGUAUCAGGCCAUCCAGAAAGCUCUGAGGCAAAGGCUGGGCCCAGAAUACAUCAGCAGCCGAAUGGCUGGAGGCGGCCAGAGGGUAUGUUACAUCGAGGGUCACAGGGUAAUUAAUCUGGCCAAUGAGAUGUUUGGUUACAAUGGCUGGGCACACUCUAUCACACAGCAGAAUGUGGAUUUUGUUGACCUUAACAAUGGCAAGUUCUACGUGGGAGUCUGUGCAUUUGUGAGAGUCCAGUUGAAGGACGGCUCAUAUCAUGAAGAUGUGGGCUAUGGGGUCAGUGAGGGCCUCAAGUCAAAAGCCUUGUCUUUGGAGAAGGCAAGGAAGGAGGCGGUGACAGAUGGGCUGAAGCGGGCGCUGAGAAGUUUUGGGAAUGCACUUGGAAAUUGUAUUCUGGACAAAGACUAUCUGAGGUCACUAAAUAAGCUUCCACGCCAGUUGCCUCUUGAAGUGGAUUUAACUAAAGCAAAGAGACAAGAUUUUGAACCCUCUGUGGAACAAGCAAGAUACAGCAGCUGCCGGCAGAACGUGACUCUGGGACCCCUGAAACCACAGGAGGUGACCUCCCCUUGUAAACCAAGCCGCUCAGAUGAUCCCCACCUCGUGAAACAGGAAGACAAGGCCGGCAGCUCCCGAAGCCUGGCCUCCGCCAUGGAGAGCGAUGCCACGUACCAGCGGAAGCUCCGGCAAAAACAGUUGCAGCAGCAGUUCCGGGAACAAAUGGAGAAACAGCAAGUGCAACUAUCUGCUCCAUCAGUGGAAAAGAAGAAUCAGGCAGCACCGCCAGCACUUCCUGUGAAGCACAGCACCCCCAUAACUGUUUCUGAACCACACACGGAGAAAGACUUCCUCACAGUGCUUUGUGAGAACACUUCUUUGUUGAUGCUGCGUUUUCCCACGAUCUCUGUCCUUGCAGACAGUCUUGGAAUGUGGGAUAUGGAUCCAGAUGCAGGGGACAGUGAUGUGAAGCCCUUGUCUAGGCCAGAACCACUCCAGACCCCUGCCACACCAGUCCUGAAACACCAGGUGGUGACCUGGAAUAGGACCCCACAGGACCUCUGUCACCAGGAUCCACAAGCAAAAUCUGGACCCAGGCAACUCCAAACUCACAACAGUAACCAAGAGAUAACAGUAAACUGUGAUUUCUAUGACAAGAACCAAGACUUGAAGAAAAGGAAACUGGAUCCAUCUUAACUGAGGCUCCGGUCACAUCAUUGGACUUUGUCACAAAAAGGACUUUCGAAAACUACUUUUUGGUCAUGAAAUUGUUCAUCAUUCCUAGGGAAUGAGCUUUAUUUCCAAGGAUUUACCUUGCUUCAUUCUGAACUUUACCUGAGGAUUUGAGUGUUGGAGCCUACUGCAGACAGAGCAGAGCAGUCAGCCCUUUUAAAAAGCUUGUCACACACUGCAGUGGGGAGGCUCUACGAUUGAACACCUUCUCUCUGGCUCUUGAGGCUCUUCUCUAUUUAUUCCUAAGCUCUUACAUUAGUAAGUAUAGGCAUUUCAGGAGUCAUCAGUGGCUACCUGCCUUCAAGCAAUAUAAGCCAUACUAUGAAGCACGGACUUUAACCACCACCUAUAUCAAGUUAUUGUUAAUGUCUGUCUUCUUUGAACUUUAGGUCUCCACAUUUACUGCUGUCCACACCACACUGUGUAUCCUAAGAACAAAGACUAGAGUGGGGUUUUGCUACUUUGCAUCAAUCCAGCCUGCCAUCUUCAUCUAUGAUAAUCUCUCCUUUAUAGGUUUAUGAAGUCACUGUCCUGUGGUUUUUUUCCUUAUCAAGGGAAUGAUCUAGGACCAAAGAAAAGGCAUUUUAAGAAAGCAAAAUAAAUUCUUUUUAACAAAAAAUGUAAGUAGGUGUUUAUAUUUUUGCAUUUCACAUGUGAAGGUGGCUUGUAUCUCAAAAAAUGUUUUUUUUCAUAUAGUUUCAGAUGUUUCAUAAUUCUUCUCCCCAAAUAAUGAGUUUGCAGGUUUACUUUUUAAGUAAAACAGUACCUUGGACUGUGCCUUUUAUCUGAUCUUCACGCUGUGGCUUUUAUAAAUUUUUGCAUCAAACACCCAUCUGUGGGAAGCUAUGAACCCGCGGCAAGGAAUUCCUGAAGUACAGGAAGGCAGCCUUUCUGUUCCUUCGGAAGAUGAUGUAGCUUACCCCGAUUUUCCUUUUACCUUAUUACUACCUCUUGUUACAUGGAUUUGGUCAUAUGUUCAUCUUUUGAUUUUGACACCCUUACCCCUUUCGUCAGAAAAAAACUCUUUUUCUGAAGCAUAAUCUUAGUUUAGUUCAGGACUGCUAAAGAGGUCC